AUGGUUGGGUUUGAAAAUGGAGCUGAGUCUGCGAAAAGGGUGGUGAGGCUAGCGCGAGUGGCUUCCCGACGUAUGCGUCGGCUUGGUGUCCGAGACUUUGGGCUAGAGCAUGUUGGCCGGUGUGGGUCAACGAGAAAACCGAAGAACUUGGCUAGAAACUUCUAUACCCAAGUUGUCAAAGAUGCACGAAUCAUCCCGGUGAAGAUCAGCAAAGUUCCCUUGCGGGUUAGAGUCACAAAACCCAAAGUCAGAGAGAUCAACAUGCUUUACCCAGUUGUAACCUUGAGCUCUUGGGUUACUUACCUGCUCAGAAGUUGCCCGAAGUAUGUCUUGGGUGGAUAUGGUUUGGAUCAGCCCGAGCAAUACAGAAGUUUGUUCCGCCAAUAUUGGCAACGGUACAAGCACGUAGAUCCGCACCAUCCGGUAUAUCGCUUUUUUGAAGAAGAUGACUGGGGCCAGGUGGUCCCUUGGUGCCUUCAUGGGGAUGAAGGGCGGGGCCUAGCAAAGGUUCCUCUCUUAGUGACGGCAUUCCAGUUUGUGAUCCCAGUCCUCGGGGACCAACAUACAAGCAUCUCUGGGCAUUCAUUUUCAACCCGGUUUGCCUCAACAUUCAUUCCGGCAAGAAUGUAUGCGAAAAACGAUGCUACGUACAGGGACUAUCAUGAAGUUGUGGCGAGAGAUUGCGAUCAACUAUUCUUUGACGGCCUCACCUUUGACAGUGACGAUGGGAGUGACACUUUCUACUUCGGCUUCUGCGGAUUGAAAGGCGAUUGGCCAUACGUUCGCAAAGCUGCAGGACUUGUGACCGGUUUCAAGAGUUCCAGGAUGUGCCACUUUUGUGAUGACAAGGAAUGGUGGAAGCUCGGGAGGUUUUCUAGCCUGCAUGCAUACAAUGGAUGUGACCUCAAUGGACCCUUACCUUGGAAAGCUGAAACAAGUCCAUUGCGUUGGAUUCCAGGUGCUGACAACCCUUCUGUCUGCAGAGUGGAUUUAGCCCAUACUUUUGCAAUGGGAUUUGGAAAGGACUUUUCCGCAGGUGCCCUGAUUGCCUUGUGCCACAUAGGCAUGUUUGGUGGUGGGUCCAUCCCAACCAAGUUGGAACGCGCCUAUGCAAGAUUUCGGGAAUGGGUUCACACAGCAAAAGAAACUUGCAAAAUUUCUGAGUUCAGCUUGAAGGUGUUCAAAGUCUCGUCGCUGCAGUACUUCCCAGUCCUUGCAGGACAAGGGCAUGAUUGCAUCGUGGUAUGCAAAUGGAUCUCUGAGUUGCUAUCAGCGGCUUCCAGGGAUGAUGUGGAAGAUGGCGAGCGUGUGAUCUUCGACCUGGUCAAGUGGACAGCUGAUUCUGCCAAUGGUUUUUACCGGGGUCUUUACAAGCAUGGGGUGUGGAUACCAAGAGAUGAUGUUCCUGUAUUAUGUGCCCAUGGCUGGGGGAUCACCGAAGGGUACCAAGCCCUGGCCCGGGCAUGCAGGGAUCGUAGGUGGAAAUUACUCCGCUUACGCCCAAAAUGUCACAUGCAUGAGCAUAUUGUUCGUGACUUACAGCUCCAAAUCGAAGACCCAACAUCACACCACGCCAUCAAUCCAAACUGUUGGAUUUGCUGGCAGGAUGAAGACUAUAUUGGAAAGGUGAGUCGAAUAAGCCGACGAACUCAUCCACUUACGGUUGCCAAAAGAACUUUUGUGAGGGUCCUUAUGAAGUAUAAAAGGCUUCUCCGAUAG